GCAUGGUGAGUGGCGCGCGCUUUGCUUCGUCCACAGUUGCUUGUACACUAAGUUUUUGCUUAAAUACCUCUUGCAAAGAUGAGAAGGCCAUCACUCGCUCCUCUCAUUCGCAUUCUAAAAUUCUAGCUUGCAUAGGAUAGCUCUAGGAAUUCUAUACUUUGCUUAUUGUAUAAACAUGGAAAUGGGUGCGGCACGUUACAACCCCAUGGACGCACAGCGUUUCGACCCCCUGCGACGCACCAACAUGAGACUCAUCUCGCUUUUCAAAACCGGCAGUUCAAAUUUGAUGACGAGGCAGGACCCUUGCAUCAGGACUGAGCAAACGAGCACGAGUGAUGCAUGGCGGAACCACAAGGUUGUAUUUGAUCCUGUCGAGAGGAAAGGUCCUGAUUCCGAGGGGUCGCGCCCAUCCCUUACGGACACAUGCUCCACUUCCCCUACGCCUAUCGACGUAUACCACCCCGCUGACCUCGUUGUCACACGUACCAUCAUCCAUCCUAAUCCCAAUCCCCAUCGUGGUCCUACUCGUAUGCUAUCUCGCACACAGAUGGUGUUCAAACGGAUGUUCUCGCGCUCGCUGUCUCCCACAAGCACAUACUCUCCCUCUCCAUCUUCUUCAUCAUCUGCGUCACCCCGAUCCACUCCCCCUCCGCGCUUCAAGGGCCUGGUGCUCAACUGUUUCAGCACAUCCUCGGCUUUCGAUAGCGAUGUCGAUGAUAUGGAAAUGUACAGGAGGGAGAGGCCUGCGUUGCUGGUGAUUGUUAAGGAGACAAAGGAAAGAUAUGAGGAUGAUCAGGCGUUUAAGGAGAUCGUGGGGAGUGUCAUUCCUGCUGCCGGUGUGAGGGGCGGCCGUUGAGCUUGGUCUUUGCAUGUCGUGGGUUAGAUGCUUGUGAAUGGGUUUGCUGUAGUUCUGGACGCCCUAUUGCAUAUAUACAUAUUGUAACGCUAAUUAUUGACAACAUCUGGGGACUGUCUGUACACUUUCAUUUAUGUGUAUUUUAUAGUAACUUGGUUGUCAUCUAUCUUGUAUGUG